CCGGGGCUCCCGCUGCCCCAGGGCCGGGCGGUGCCGCGCCGCCCCGCUGGACGGUGAGAAGGAUGCCGGCAGAGCCGUUGGUGCUGGUUAACAUCUCCAGAAUAAAAGCAGCCACAGCUUCAACCUUAGGCUGAAAACCCUCUUCUUCCUGGCCGGGGUGUUCAGCUUUGUGUGCGCCCUGGGGACCGCAGCUGCCAUCGAAACCCAGAGACACUUACCUCCCUUCCUGAAGCAGCACUGGGGCCUCUGUCCCAGCUUGCAGUGUGUCCUGCAGCACAGAGGCAUCCUCCUCUCCCAGCUCAGGGCCCAUCUCCCAAUCCGCUGCGCUGACAGCUGCUUUACUGCAUCAGCACUGUAAAAGUAAGCACAGAAACUAUUUUUCUAUUCACUGCUUUUAACAGAUCCUCUGCUCAUGCUGCAUCCCCAGGACAGCACACACACAUACAAUGUAUUUUAGAAACACAUGGUCAAACAACGAGUUGCAAACAGUUCUGAAUGCACUUAAUAACAGUACUGUACAAGUUAACUAUGAGAUUACUAUUGCUAAAAGCAGGAAAUAGAGGCAAACUACAUUUCUUUGUCUGUAAGCAGUUCUCUAAUCAAACCCAAGAUAAAUUAAAAGAUGAAGCUAAAUUAGGUAGUAAAUACCUUCAGACUUCCAGCUCUGGUUUGGGACACUUUCUCAACAGCUCUUCUGACCAUACUUGGCCCAAAGCUCACAUCCUACAGACCAGCACUCCUCAAUCCCACCAGCAGAUAAAUCCAGAACGUCUCCUCAAUGAUGCUGGCAUGCAGAAUUGCAAUACCAGCGUUGUGCCCCCAAGCUUUGGUAAGGUUCACAUCAUGCAUAUUUGAAGAUAAGGUGUUUGACAAAGUCUCGGGAAUAAAACAUCUGGAUGUAUUUAAACACAAGUCUCCAUCUUCCAAAGAUUUAGGUGAAGCAGAAUGUCUGACAGCUGCUAACGAGCACUCCUUGUCCUGUACUGAUUCCCCUGUGCUUUACAUGCUGUGUACUCCUGUCUUUUGAGCCUACAAACAUCCUGGUCUGGAGCUUUAGUUCCUUCCUCCUCAAGAAGCACAGCUGGUGAGCCCAGGUUUGGUGCGGCUGGCUCUUCUUGCCCUCGGGAGGCCUCCUCAGAGUAAUGAUCCUUGGAAAGACCCCUGCAGUUAUUGCUUUGGGGAUUUUCUAGCAUGUGCCCUGCAACGCUCCUGCUGCAGAAUACCUCAGGAGCAUUCCCAGUUCAUUCAUAAGAGCACGGAAUUUUCAAAGGCAUGAACUACUGCUGUGUUUGAAAACGCCGCCAGAAGGCUGAAUCAUGACACAAAUUCAUCAACAAUAUGACUGCAGUGAGAUUACAUAUUCCCCCCCAUUAAAUUCUUCCUACAAACCCCUUAGAUAUAUACACGUAGGCUCGCGUCUUUGCUUUCACUGCUAUUUUGUGGCGAUAGUCGUGCCUAAAUGCUACGGUCCCUCCUCAGGCAACAGUCGGUGCGUUCUGACUGCGUUCCCAACCACCGCCCGCAGCCUCUUCUCAGCGCCGAGCGCAGCGCCACCUCCCGGUUACUCGCAAUGAUCACAGCAAAAGGCACAGCCUUAAGCUUAGCUUAAAUAACCGUCUGCCUGCACGCUGCCUUGCUUCAUUUUAAUUCUAUGGAGUGUUCCUGCUGCAGACAGGCAUCCAGGUAACAAACCACUCCUGAACUGAGCUGAUCAGAGAACUGAAAGGAAAAAACCAAAGCCCUACGCUGGCUCCAAACCUGGGGCUGAUCAGCUCCUGGAGGGGCAGCAGGGACAGGACAGGCGCCGGGCCCCCGCCAGGUGAGCACGUACGCAGUGCCGCUGGAUGCUGUAGGAUCACCCGGCCCAGCCCGAGCUCCGUGCUGCCCUCCCCUGCACUGGGUAAGCUGCCAUAACGAGCAGAGCUCGGCACUGCUGGCUCUGAGGGAUUCCCAGCACACAGAGCCCUCUGAAAGCCUCCUUUCUGCACGGCCAAUAACUCAACGGGCGGCCGAGCCCGGCGCUGUCACAGCCUGCCCAAUCAGGCAGCCGGGAAGCGGAGCGCCCAUCGAAUUACACGUUCCCUUGUUACCUUACUCCUCCACUAUCAAGUGACACCGAGGACGGACGGCUUCGCUCUGCAGACGAUCCCAUCGGUUCGAGGAGCUGCAGGAGGAUGGGGAGGAGCGCACCGGGGGGCACCGCGGCAGCCCCCCGCUGAGAGCGCGGCCCCCCGCAGCGCCAUGCCCGCCCCACAGAAGAAAAUCCUCUUCUGCCUGGCUGGGGUGUUCAGCUUCGUGUGCGCCCUGGGGACCGCAGCCGCCAUCGGCACCCAGCUGUGGGUGAAGGGAACCAUCCUCUGCAAGACGGGCGCGCUGCUGGUCAACGCCACCGGGCCGGAGCUGGAGAAGUUCAUCGGGGAGAUCCGGUAUGGGCUCUUCCAUGGCGAGCGAGUGAGGCAGUGCGGGCUCGGGGGGAGGCCCUUCCAGUUCUCAUUUUUUCCAGACUUGCUCAAGAUUAUCCCUGCGAGCAUCCACGUCAGCGUCAUUCUCUUCUGCACAGUGCUGAUCAUCUUCACGCUGGUGGGAAUGGGCUUUUUCCUGUACAAUGCCUUCGGCAGCCCCUACGAAACACUGCACGGCCCCGUGGGGCUGUACCUGUGGAGCUUCAUCGCCUGUUCCUGCGGCUGUCUCAUCAUGAUCCUCUUCUCCUCCGAGGUGAAGAUCCACCACCUCUCAGAGAAAAUUGCUAACUUUAAGGAGAAAAGUUUCACAUUUAAGACCCACAGUGAACGGUUUGCAGACUCCUUCUGGAUCAUCCUGGCCUGUUCCCUGGUGCACUUCCUCAACACGCUGCUGAUACGCCUGGCCGGGUUUGAGUUCCCCUUCUCUAAACCCAAGGACUCGGGGACAGCCACUGGUGCUGCAGACCUGAUGUAUUAGAGCCACACCGCGUGAGGACAGAGGUGUUCAUCAUUGCUACCUUUAGCAGCCGCCACCUGCACCAGCUUUUAAAGAAGUUAAAAACAAGAGAAGGUUUCAGAUAACUGAUGGUGUGACACACGCAGUAAAUAAAAGAUAACGUCCUAGUUGAUAAACCCAGAUCAGAAUACCCUUUCUCUCUUGGAUUAAAGCCUUACUGAGGCAUCUGCUUCUCUUUCCUCCAGAGCUGAUUUGGAAAGCAGCUGCUAUGAACAGAACUGAGAACUCAACAGCACAGGGCUGGAGCAGAGGCACAGCAAGGGGACUGCCAUACAGCCACCUCCCAUCACCAGCACAGCUUGACCCACCUGCAGCUCUCAGGGAGCCACAGCACAACCCCUGCAGCACCGGGCAGCAGAGAAUGGGGCAGGGAGAAGAGCGCCAGCUCUGCUUUUGGCACCAGCCCUGCCACAGACUUGUAGGGGAAGACAGCACGAGGACAGGGGAUGGCCCAGCCCCCGAGCGCCCUGCUGACACCUCACACAGAGGCAUCAUUUCUAUCCAUAAGGAGUUCUGAGCUUUAAAAACCCAAUCUUUAACUCCCCAGAGCUCCAUUUUGUAGAGCAAUCCACGCAGCAAGAACUUUGUGCCUCAGGAUAAGGUGUUGCAUGCAGAAAUAUAACACGCGCUCACACUGCUGCACCCCAAGGUGAGGGGUGAACCCAGGGGCAGAGCAAUGCGAGCUCAAACCCAGCAGCGCCCACCAGGGCUAUGAGGAUCUCUGCCAGCAGGCAGCAAGUUGUCACCAAGAAGCGCAAAUAAAAUGGACAAAAUGGGCUGAAACGCCAUAGCCAGCACAUGCAUGCUGCGGCAGACCAGGCACUGACAAGGGAAAGCCUAAGAGUCUCCAGCACAAGGGGUGAUGAAACUUUGAGCAAAUGGAUAUAUUUGCCCCUCUGCCCUUACCUCCCGCUCAGGCAAGGUGCUCCAGCCGCUCACCAGGUGCGCUAUGCUCACCCCAACCACAGGUGCAUGGAAGGGCUUCAUCCUACCAACACUGCCGCACAGGGACACCGCGCAGAGCACUCGGCACAGGAGGAGCCUGGGGGACCUGCCCAGCUCCCAUUUAUCUGUGGAGGUCAGCUCCUGCACAGCUGCGUGCCAUGAGCAAUCCCUCACAGCCACAUGCAGCAGCCCUGGCAUGCAGGGCCUGGUUCUGGGAGCCCCAAGAUGCAGUGGUGUGCAGGCUGGCCUUGCUGAUGCAGAUACCCAUUUUUAUACUUCCACAAUGAGUGGCAAAACAUUCGGUGCUGGCUGCUGGCUCUGUCUGUGCGAGGUUUGGCGCCCACAGCUCUGCUCCUCUGAGCCUCUUACAGAGCAGCUUCGUCCUGGGCUGUGCGAUACACGCCUUGCUCCUCACCAUGUGCAACGGGGUCUGCAAGGUGCCGUGACCACCUACAAUUCAUUUAUGAUUCUCUUCCUAAUUAAUGUGUGUGCCUUUAUUAAUUAAUACAACGUGUCUUCUGGACACAUAAUUUCUA